GGGGCCUAGGCUUAUAAAGAAUGGAUGAAUACAAAGUGUUGAAAGUACUAGGAGAGGGAUCCUUUGGCAGAGCUCUCCUAGUUCACCAUAGAAUGAGUGACCAGAAGUAUGCAAUGAAGGAAAUAAGACUUCCCAUGUCUUCAUCUGAUGUAGAGAACUCAAGGAAGGAAGCAGUUCUUCUGGCUAAAAUGAAACAUCCAAAUAUCGUUGCCUAUAAAGAAUCAUUUGAAGCUGAUGGACAUCUGUAUAUAGUGAUGGAAUAUUGUGAUGAUGGAGAUCUAAUGCAAAAGAUUAAACACCAAAGAGGGAAGUUGUUCCCUGAAGAUACGAUCCUUCACUGGUUUGUGCAGAUGUGCCUGGGUGUGAAGCACAUUCAUGAUAAACGUGUGUUGCACAGGGAUAUCAAAUCUAAGAAUGUCUUCCUCACUCAAAAUGGAAAGGUCAAACUGGGAGAUUUUGGAUCUGCACGCCUUCUUGCACAUCCAGUGUCAUAUGCUUGCACAUAUGUGGGAACUCCUUAUUACGUACCUCCAGAAAUAUGGGAAAGCAUGCCAUACAACAACAAAAGUGAUAUAUGGUCUCUGGGAUGUAUUCUGUAUGAGCUGUGCACUCUUAGACAUCCAUUUCAAGCCAACAGCUGGAAACAUCUCAUUCUUAAGAUAUGCAAAGGGUCCUACAAGCCACUACCAUCUCACUAUUCCUAUGAACUUCAUUACUUAAUAAAACAGAUGUUUAAGAGAAAUCCCCAGAAUCGUCCAUCAGCCAGUACUAUUCUUGCAAGAGGUUGCUUAACCAAACCUAUAAAAAAUUGUUUGCCUUCUGAGAUGACAACUGAGUUUGCACAGGUAUUAAAGAAAACCAAGAAACAUGAAAGCAAUGCAGCAAGACCAAAGGGUAAUGUCAUGGCUGGUGGAAGCUCAAAUAAUAAGAAAGAAAAUAGGCAAAGUAAAGAUGAAGGUAGCAAGCAUAGCCCCUUAGAAUGGAAAAAUAUUAAUAAGGAUUUGAGUGACAACACAAAGGAACAAAGGAAAUCUGAUGAAGAGGCAGAAACUUCUGACAUCCUCCCAGGAAUUCCUGAUUUGUCACACCCCCAUAGGAAGCAAUGGGAAAAGAGGAUAUCCAAUACUGUAGUGGAUGUCCUGGAAAAUGCACCCUUGCUUUCUUCCAGUUUUACGUCUGAAGAGGCUAAAAGUGGCUGUGUUAUAAACUACGGUGAAAAUAAGCCAUGUAAACAAUGGAACAAGGAAACUCCUCAGACCCUGAUGAAUAUUCUCAGUAACGCAGAUGUCAGCUUAGCAUUUAAAACAUACACAAUUUAUAAACCAGCUUCUGAAAAUAUAUUUAAAGGCCCACUUUCCGAUCAAACUGAAGCAUCUGAUGAAGUAGAUGGUGAACAUGAAGCUGUUGUCAUAGAUUCUGAGAGACUUGAGCCUAGAUCUGAUGAAGAUGACACGUAUGUCCAAAUGACAUCCUUGUGUUUUUGUUUUCUUUGGUUCCUCAAAGUGAUUUUUCCAAAACAAGAUUCCCCUAAAAAAAAUCAGUGUAUUUCUCAGCAUCUAAAUUCAUCCCCCUCUUACCUAAUGAUAUUCAAAUUUAGUAGCAUUUGAUAUCUUACAGGUUUUCUUUGCUAUAUUUAUAGUUAUUGA